UUAGGGUAUUAUUUUUGGCAGUACAAUAUAGUUCCCAAAAAGCGACGUCAAGAGAACAAACAUGACGACAUGACGUAAUCUAUAAACAUUGACAGUCAUGAGAGUUCAAAAUUGUUUAACAGCUCAGCUGAGAUGAAAAUACUGCAAAUCUGAAUGAGGCCAGAUGACUUCAAAUCGGUAAAACACAACUAUUUAAAAGUUUCCGACUCUUCCUUGAUGGGUAUAUCCUUUUUCCAGUUGGUUAGAGCAACUGGCUGCAAUCAUGGAAGUGUUUGGUCGAAAUCUUGCUGUCUGCCUGCGAGCAUCUCACACCUGUCCAUGAUUUUAUUAAGUAUUCCUAGAAUCCAUAAAGUGUCCAUAAUCCAUAAAUCGUAUCUGCUCAUCUUCAGGCUUUUUAAAUCUAGUCAAAUGAGACUUCCUAUAUAUAAAAAUUUUUUGAGACUGUAAAAACUUAAUUGAAUUAUAGAAAAUGGCCACUGGCAAUGUUGAUAGUCCUAUUUCUGAUAGAAUCUGCAGCUUACAGCAAUUGAAUUUAAAUAUUUUCAAUAGUGCAGAUAUUUCUGAUGGGCAAACAUGUUUAAACAUGCAAUCUACUAAUAUGAACAGUGCUACUUUCAAAGAAUCUGAAAAUAUUGAAGAAUUUACUAAUCAGUUGUUGAAUGCGUGUGGUAGACAAUCUUCUGUUGAUGACAACUGUGAAAAUAAACAAUCUUUCACAGAUAGUUCAAAAGACUGCUAUUCAGCUGUCAUGGAUAAUAAUAAAAAUUCAUUAAGUCAUGGAAACUUUGACAAACAUGACUCUUAUGCCAUUUUUCAAGCACAAAAUGCAAUGCCUGAAGAACUUUUUAUCAAUGUGGAAAGUGAAGAUGAAGGUGUACAUAGUUGGAGACCAAAUAUGUCUUCUACAGCCUUAUGUUCAGAUUUUUUUGUGACUCCUGGUCUUGUGUGUGAAGAUAUGAACCUCAACUUUCAAAAUGACUCUCCUAAAUGGACUUCUGAGAUUCAAAAUUCACCUUUAGUGUUGAGUUCAAAAUUGCCUCAGCUGGCAAACCAAGCUGCCAACUAUGCAAAAAUGGAUUUAUCAAGUUUCUUGCAUGCACAAGUGGCUGACUUAAAUAACGUUAAGUAUGAAACAAUCAAUGCAAAGAGAAGGAUUGCUGAAUUGAAAGAAGAAAUUCAGAAACUGACUAAAAUUCUCCAGGAAAAGUUAAUUGUGCAAAGGACAUUAGAUGUGGAGAAAUUAAGGGAAGAAAAUGCUCAGUUGAGAUUAGAAUGUCAGUGUCUUUGCAUGGAAGUUGAUUAUUAUUUAAAAGGCAAAGCACCAUUAGGUGAGAUUGAUGAAACCUUCUAUCAGGAUAAAUCUCAGUUACAAAGAAAUACUGCUACUAGUCAAGACCAGACUGAGGUUUCAUCAAAAUCAAUUGAUAGUUUGGAAGACGAUUGUAAGAAAUGGGAAUGUCCUGUCUGCACUUUCGCAAACCAUCCCGCUAUAAAUUCUUGCGAGAUGUGUCAGUCUCCACGUUUUUAUAGAAAUCCUCUGCACUCCUCUGAGUUGAAAGACAGUUGCUUCUGCCAUCCUGACUCCAGUUGAUUAUAAUAUUGAUGAACUCUUAAUAGUCCUUCCAUAUAGAAUAUUUAAUUAAGUUAGUGUGUACAAAGAUUUAGUAACUAACUGAUUUUUAAAACUUUUUUUCUGAUGCAUUCUUCGUAUUAAAUUUAAUUCAAUAAUUUAAUGUCUAGGUAUUCAAUAAUCUGCAAAAUAGGAAAUAAGUAUUGGUGUUGUAUAAUAAAUCAAAGUAUAUUUAGAAUAACAGAUAUUUUCUUUACUUUUGACCUUAGCUACAGUUUGCACUUAAAUUCACUUUUUUUACUCAAUGGAAGUUUUGAUAAGUAUGUUCUACUAACAGCUUCAAACAAAUUAUGGACUAGAAAAAAGAAGCAAACAUUUUCAUGUUUCUGCACAAUGAUAUCAAAAAUCAAUUGUGUUACAUAUUAACUAAGGAAAUGUAAAAUAUGGGGUGGUAUAUUUUUCUGAGUUUUUUUGCAUUUUCUCAAGUUCAUUUUAUUUUUAUACACAUUAUUUUGUAGUGAAUCUUCAUUUUUAGAUCAAUCUAUAAAUUUGUACAAAUAUUAAUUGUUUAUAUUAUAACAGUUUAAUGUAAAUAUGUUUAGUGCUUUAUAGACUAUCUUUAAAUGAAUAAGACUGAUGACAUUAAUGUAGAUGUUGACUUUUUUUCUCCUAUUAACACAUUUGUCCCAUUUAAUAAAAUGUAGCUUUAUGCAAACUUUUUACCUUAAGAAGGUGACAAAAUUAAUCUUUUUUUCCAGAAAUUUAAAUAAAUAUCUUGGAUUGUUUUAUUAUUUGCAUGCAUGUAAAUUAAAAGUUUAAAAGAAAAAAAAAAUUAUUUAAAUAUGUGGAUUUUGCCAAUGAAGUAAUAGUUAUAAGCAGUUAACACAGAGAUGGGCAAACUAUGUCCCGCCGGAAGGUUUUAUCCGGCCUGCGGAUAGAAUUUCAACUUGCCGAUCUGUGGCGAAUAUAAACAAUACAUCCAUUUUCUUGUCUA